AUGAAAGCUGGGAUAACCUCCAUUUGCCUUAUAUCAUUGUCUAUCGCUCAAAUUCAUUUUCCUGGCGAAAAGUACUUUGCAAACGUUCGUCAACUAACAUUUCAUGGUGUUCACACUGAAGCAUAUUUCAGCUUCGACGACAGUUACUUGACACUACAAGCAACUGGAUAUGGGCUGAACUGCGAUCAGAUCUAUCGUCUAGACUUGAACGCUCCAGGCAAUCAAACUCUGAACCGACUUAGCACUGGGAUCGGCUCAUGCACUUGUUCCUUUUUCUAUCCGAACAAUAAGGAUGUACUAUAUGCUGGGAAUUUUCAUAAGGUGAAAAUGGCAGCAAAGAAAGGAUCAAGUGAUCCAACUUGUCCUCCAAAAAAAUGUCAGUCGUCUGAAGCAAAGCACAAUCCAGAACUACAGCAACUUUGCAACACUUCCUACACAUGGGAUAUCUACCCGGAUUACGAUAUCUUCAAGGUGAACGAAUACGGUAAUAUCGUAGCUCAGCUCACUAACAACAAUGCGUACGACGCGGAAGCGGUGAUCAGUCCGGAUGGGCAGAAGAUUCUGUACACUAGCAUGGAGAACGGGGAUCUAGACCUCUACAUUAUGGACAUCAAUGGGUCGAACAAAAAACAGUUGACAAACGUCUUGGGAUAUGAUGGCGGAGGAUUUUUCUCUCCAGACAGUAAAAGGAUAGUGUUCCGCGCAAGUCGACCCACUACGGAUGCGGAGAAGAAGAAGUAUCAGGCACUGCUAAAAUACAAUCUUGUUGCUCCCACUGAUAUGGAGCUCUACGUGAUGAACGUGAAUGGCAGUGGUCUUCGUCCUGUUUUCCCACAUAAAUUGGGUGGCGCGAACUGGGCUCCAUUUUAUCAUCCUGACAAUGAAAGGAUUGUUUUCAGCUCUAAUUUCAACUCCACGGGAGAGGACUACAAUUCAUUUGACCUAUACAUCGUAAAAGAAGAUGGGACCGGUCUGGAAAAGAUUACAAUGGACGAAGGCAGCUUCGAUUCGUUCCCAAUGUUUUCUCACAAAGGCGAUAAGUUUGUAUGGGGUUCAUCACGAAAUGCGAAGAAUCCUAGCGAUAUCAACAUUUUCAUUGCAGAUUGGGUCAAUGAUGGACAAAGGGCAAGCGACGAUAACAAAGAGGAGGCGCUGAGAUCAAAUAGGGUAUGGAGAUCAGCUACCGUAAGUACUGCUGAUACUGUUCCGUGGCAGAACACCACCACCACUCCCUAUGAUGGCGUUGUACAUUUUGAAGGCGAACGACAUUUCAAAAACGUGAAGCAGCUCACAUUUGGAGGCCAAAAUGCUGAAGGAUAUUUUAGUUUCGAUGACUCAAAGCUGACUCUCCAAGCUACAGGUUACGGUACGGAUUGUGAUCAGAUUUACGAGCUGGACCUCAACAUCGAUCCCCGUAAACAAAUCAUGCGAAGAACCAGUACUGGUCUUGGUGGAACCACUUGCUCGUUCUUUUACAAGGAAGACGGGAAUGACGACAGGCUUUACGCUGGCGAUUUUUGGGCGUUGAACGUUUCGUCUUUUGCGGAUGCAGCCAAAACAUGUCCCCAGAAAAAAUGCCAGAACGUCUCCGCUAUCAAGGAUCCAGUGCUCAAAAAGCUCUGCAACACUUCUUAUACUUGGGAUAUUGUGCCCAGUUACGACAUUUUCAAGGUGAACAAAUAUGGAAAUAUUGUGACGCAGCUGACUGAUUCUCCUGGAUACGAUGCCGAAGCGGUGUUAAGUCCGGAUGGAACAAAGAUCGCAUUCACGUCGAUACGUUCCGGUGAUCUUGAACUUUGGACAAUGAAUGUAGACGGCACAAAUCUUAAUCAGGUCACCUACGAACUUGGUUAUGAUGGUGGUGCGUUCUUUUCGCCUGACGGUAAACGACUUGUAUUCCGAGCGAGCCGACCGAAAACACACGAUGAAAUUGCGAAAUAUAAAAAACUACUCGAAUAUGAUCUCGUUGAGCCCGUUGCAAUGGAAUUAUUCGUUGUUGACGUGGAUGGUGCGAAUCUGAAGCAGAUCACCAAUCUUGGAGGCGCAAGUUGGGCACCGUAUUACCUUAACGAUAAUAAGCGAAUUGUGUUUAGUUCAAACUACGAUGAUGCAGACAACGGAUUCGGUGCAUUCGCCCUGUACGUGAUAAACGACGAUGGGACAGGAUUGGAAAGGAUCACUUUCGGAGACAAAUAUCAGUUCAAUUCUUUCGCUAUGAUGAACCAUGCUGGUACGAAACUUGUGUGGGGUUCGAGUCGCAAUGGGACGACCAUGUAUGACCUGAACCUGUUCCUAGCAGACUGGACGGAUGAACCUCAGGCGAAUGUUGUCGAGCCUCGGAUACUCCUUGCGGAUUUUGUCGGCCAGUCUUUGCAAUUGAGCGCAGUAGGCCUCCGUAGUAACGGUCGUGUUGUCCGGCAGCAGUUCGAACGUGGCAAUGGUGUCCAGCCAGUCGAAUCUACGGAUUCUGGAGAGCAGCUGAAUGCAGAUGUCCAGGCGUCUUUGGCGGUUGCCGUCGCUCAAUGCAUGUGGGAGCCAGUGACCGAGUUUUCUCACCAUUCCGAGAGAUCGCAGUUCAUUGCUCACGGCGAACAGCCAGACUGGCAGCAAAUUACCCCACACCUUCAUAUGGAUGCUGCUCCGCCAGAUUCUUCAAACAAUAUGAAUCUCGAGGACGUGAUCGACCAGUUUUCCGACGUCGAACCGUUCCUCGUUAGGAAGUGGCACUAUGCUUUCUACACCUUCUUCGAUCUGAUUGGUAACAAUGUGAUCGAAUGGCGUGACUUCCAACAACUAAUCGACGCGAUUGGAUCUGUUCGAGGAGCAAGUAGCGAGGAUCACAUCGCCGCCACUCUCUGUCUAACCGAUGUUUGGCAUUUAAUGUGCGAUACAAUGCAUAAAGAGUAUUCAGACAAAAUAACCCUAAUAGACUGGAUUGGGAUGUGGGCAGAUUCACUUACAGCCGAAAAAGAGCCAGCGUGGCAGAAGGCAUACCUCGACUACAUGUUCCGACUGCUCGAUGCAUCCGGUGACAAACUCGUCGAUCUUUCCGAGUAUAUCGAAGUGUUAGGUUACUUCAACAUUCAACGUGAGGAUGCAAUUGCUUGUUUCGACAAAUUUGCAGUGAAUCCUGAUGGUGGUCAAAGCAAUUCAAUUGACUACAAAAGAUUUGUAAUGUUAUGGCAGCAAUAUUUCCGGUCCACCGACAUUAACGAUCCUGGUAAUCAUCUGCUUGGAAGAGCUUAA